AUGCAGCUUCCAGAGCGGGACCCGGUGUGCCCGCGGCGGGCAGGCUUAUGGGCGCAGGUGGUCCAGGCCCCGCCCCCGCGGCCCGCGGGCCUCGUGCGGCCCCAGGUGCCCCGGAUAAGAGAUAAGAGGCCCAAGGCCCGGGCGGCUCCGGUCCAGCGCGCAGCCAUGGACAUGGUGCCCGGCUUGCUCGUCACCCCGAAGGCCGAGGUGCUGGAGGACCUGCUGCGGGAGCAGUUCGGGCCACUGCCCCAGCUGGCCGCCAUCUGCCGGCUCAAGCGGCUGCCCUCGGGCGGCUACUCGUCCACCGAGGACCGGCAGCUGGUGCUGGAGCGACGGCGCGUGGCCAACGCCAAGGAGCGCGAAAGGAUAAAAAAUCUCAACCGUGGUUUUUCCAAACUGAAGGCAUUGGUGCCAUUUCUUCCUCAAAGCAGGAAGCCUAGCAAAGUUGAUAUUCUUAAAGGUGCAACUGAAUACAUACGAGUCCUCGGUGAUGUUUUGGGAAGAGCCAAAGAGUCCGAGAAACCAAACCCAGAUCAUCAGAACUAUAUAAACAGUACUUCCGAACCACGUAUAUCCACGGCUAAAGAGCAAUUGAGGAACAGCACUCAAUGUGCUGGCUGUGAUGUGGGCUUGAAGAAUGAGGAGGAAGGGCCCUGGGCAGAUGGUGGCAGUGGCGAACCAGCAUGCACUUGUCGUCAGAGCAUGAUGUCUACAACUGGAGACUCCGCUACCAGGAGUAUGGAUGGAUUCCCAGAAGUACAACUCCUGAGCCAUGGUUCCAAAUAUGAAAAGUGA